GCAGAGAGCAGGGACUGCGAGCCCCGCGGAUGCGGCAGCGGCGGAGGGCGGCUGGGGAGACGCUACUCCAACUGUUGAAUUUUCACAUUUCAUUUCCUUCGAUGUUUUGCAUGCGGAGAUGGAUUUAUUUGCUUUGAAAUCCGCACGUCUUUUGCAGGCUGUGAGCUGAUCCUGACAAGCACCAGAUUGAAAGGGACCACCCGUGACAGAAAAGGAGAGGAAAAAAAAAAACACACCAAAAAAACCCCUCCCACAACGGACUGCGCACGUAACUGUGCUCACCGGUGCUGGACUCUGUGAACAGAGAACGUUGAGAGGAAAAUCAUGAACUAUGAUGCGGGGCUAAGCUGUGAACAGUCCCUGGAAUCCUGAUUGUGUUCCUUUAUUUUUCCCAAGACUCUAAAGCUUUGGGGGUUCCUCACGCCUAACCAAAAGGAGAGGUUGUUUUUUUUAAAAAAAAUACAUACACCUAGCAAAACAGACGCCUUGUUUUCCUGAGCCUCGGACUCCAGCAGAAAGAGGUAGAGUAAAAGUGCUGGCGGAUUCAGCUUUACCUUCCUCCUUUCCUCCCUCCCUUUCUCUCGCUUUUUCUUUUCCUCCAAAACAUGAAUCUGGCUUUUUUUCUCUCUCUAUAGAGUGAGUCAGAGAAAGCGUUAGGAGGAAGCCGCAACUAAUAUCUCUGUAAAGGGAGCACCAUGAGGCGAGAGUGAAUACGAUUCGUUCCGCUGCCUCUGACUCAUCCGGCAGAUCGGAACACCUGCAUUUAGGGAUGUGUCAUUCCCGCACGUCCAGGCGCCUCGAGAGCCCGCAAUAGUGUGUAGACAGACCUGUACCUACCAUCCCCUCGGAGGCAGCGCCCCGGGGUGGGCGGCCCUGGCUCGACCGUGCGGCCGCAGCUCCUCACCCCUACCCUCCCCAAGUCGCCCAGAGACUGCGAGAGCGAGACUGCGGGAUGCAUCACGCCAGACCUUGAUGUGUUGCUUUCAUCCAGCCCACUCCUCCUACUAUUAAAAAAAAAUUGAAGGGUUAAAAAAACAAACAAACAAAAAAAAAACAAAAACCGCACUUUAUUCGCUUCUAAUAUUCAUCACUUUUAUUCCUCGCCAAGGUUUUCCUUUCUAGAUGAAGAGGACUGGGAGACAGGGCCAUUGGAAGCAGAUGCUGAAUGGAAAGAAAAGAGGCACUUGACAGCCCAGCCCUGUGAAUGCAGAGACUGUUUUUUCCUUCUAGCGGGAGACAGGGAGAGUGUGUGUGCGAGAACGGGGAGGUGGCUCCCCCUUCCUUUUUAUUCCGCCUCCCCCUCCCCCUUCAGAUCUGCACAUCCGACCAUGAGUUGCCUGUUGAUUUCCUUUCGCCAGGGAAGCAGAGCAAACUGGAAUUAAACUGCAGCGAGAGAAGUCCUUGCUCGCCAGGGAGAGAAUGGGAUGGUAGCGGCGGCUGCUGGCCUCGCGUAGAAAAAUCAGUGUGUGUUCUCCGAAGACAGGCGGAGAUACGUCGAUACGUUUCCCCCUUCCCAACAGACUCAGACCGCAAACGCCGAUCAGGCUGUGUGGCUUUCUGGACUUCGAGGGGGGAGCGCCUUUUCCGAGGAAGAGCGGGAGGAGCUUGGGGGAGGGAGGAAACUACAAAUCGGGACACUAGUUCUUUGCGCUGCAUUUCCUCCCCCUCCCUCUGGCUGCUCGGAAAGGAGAGAGAGUGAGCGAGCCAGAGAGAAAAAAUACGCUUGGCUGGGAGGAUGCAGUCCGCCGUUCCUUCAGCCAGCAGUGCAAGAUUAGAUCUCUAAAUGCAGCAAAACACUGCCUGAAAACAGGCUAGCCCGCGAAGGCAGCAGACAUUUCACACGGCUCCGGGGAAGCUUCAAAAUACAGCCGACUCUCUCCUCGUUGGUCCUCAGCCCCAUCCAUCUCAUCACAGGAGACGAGAAACAAGUAAGGAUUUCACUUUCCGAUCUGCCUGGUGACACACCUCCCCGCUCCCUCCCCCACCCAAUGUGAAGAGUAUUCCGGAGGCUACCGGCGGGAGCGGAUUUGCAGCGCCCUGGUGGGAACGAGGAAAUCCUACGGAUUCUUAGCUCAUUAUCAUCCCUGCCAGACUCGAUUUACUUCUUAUCGCCGGCAUCAUCAACCAAGUUUGAGUCGCCAGAAGUCCGGGUGGCAGAGACAAAGCCCCGGGCUCGCCCCGAGCCGCAGGGAGCCGCCUUGCUCCGUGCCCCUGCAGCUCUGCUGCGCCUCUGCUUCUUGCCCAGUGCGGAUGCUGUAGAUCAACAGGUUCGGGAACUUGAGCGGAAUAAGGAGAGACUGCCGGGUGCCGCAGCCCGGGCGCGGAGGGGAGGAAGGACCCACAGACUUGUGGCUGGCGUCGCGCGCCCACGCUGCGCCGGGGCUCCAGGCUGGCGCGCACCCAUCCGCUGGCCCCUCCAGUCCGGCUGGUCCUGCCCCCACCCCGCCGGUCUGGGAUGUACCUUUCCAUCUGUUGCUGUUUCCUGCUAUGGGCUCCUGCCCUGACGCUCAAAAACCUCAACUACUCGGUGCCGGAGGAGCAAGGGGCCGGCACCGUGAUCGGCAACAUCGGGAAGGACGCUCGGCUGCAGCCGGGGCUUCCGCCCGCAGAGCGCGGCGGCAGCGGCGGCGGGCGCAGCAAGUCCGGCAGCUACCGGGUGCUGGAGAACUCCGCGCCGCACCUGCUGGACGUGGACGUGGAUAGCGGACUCCUUUACACCAAGCAGCGCAUCGACCGCGAGUCCCUGUGCCGCCACAACGCCAAGUGCCAGCUGUCCCUCGAGGUGUUCGCCAACGACAAGGAGAUCUGCAUGAUCAAGGUGGAGAUCCAGGACAUCAACGACAAUGCGCCCUCCUUCCCCUCGGACCAGAUCGAGAUGGACAUCUCCGAGAACGCGGCCCCCGGCACCCGCUUCCCGCUCACCAGUGCACAUGACCCCGACGCCGGCGAGAAUGGGCUCCGCACCUAUCUGCUCACGCGCGACGACCACGGCCUCUUCGCGCUGGACGUCAAGUCCCGCGGCGACGGCACCAAGUUCCCAGAGCUGGUUAUCCAGAAGGCGCUGGACCGCGAGCAGCAGAACCACCACACGCUGGUGCUGACCGCCCUGGAUGGCGGCGAGCCGCCGCGCUCCGCCACCGUGCAGAUCAACGUGAAGGUGAUUGACUCCAACGACAACAGCCCGGUGUUCGAGGCGCCCUCCUACCUGGUGGAGCUGCCCGAGAACGCCCCUCUGGGCACCGUGGUCAUCGAUCUGAAUGCCACCGACGCCGACGAGGGUCCAAACGGCGAGGUGCUUUACUCCUUCAGCAGCUACGUGCCGGACCGCGUGCGGGAGCUGUUCUCCAUCGACCCCAAGACCGGCCUGAUCCGUGUGAAGGGCAACCUGGACUAUGAGGAGAACGGGAUGCUGGAGAUCGACGUGCAGGCCCGAGACCUGGGUCCCAACCCCAUCCCGGCCCACUGCAAGGUCACCGUCAAGCUCAUCGACCGCAAUGACAACGCACCGUCCAUCGGUUUCGUCUCCGUGCGCCAGGGGGCGCUGAGCGAGGCCGCCCCGCCGGGCACCGUCAUCGCCUUGGUGCGGGUCACCGACCGCGACUCGGGCAAGAACGGGCAGCUGCAGUGCCGAGUCCUGGGCGGAGGCACGGCCGGCGGCGGCGGCCUGGGGGGCCCCGGGGGUUCUGUGCCCUUCAAGCUCGAAGAGAACUACGACAACUUCUACACCGUGGUGACUGACCGCCCGCUGGACCGGGAAACACAGGACGAGUACAACGUGACCAUCGUGGCGCGGGACGGGGGCUCGCCUCCGCUCAACUCCACCAAGUCGUUCGCCGUCAAAAUUCUGGACGAGAACGACAACCCGCCUCGUUUCACCAAGGGGCUGUACGUGCUGCAGGUGCACGAGAACAACAUCCCCGGCGAGUACCUGGGCUCGGUGCUCGCCCAGGACCCAGACCUGGGCCAGAACGGCACCGUGUCCUACUCCAUCCUGCCCUCGCACAUCGGCGACGUGUCCAUCUACACGUACGUGUCUGUGAACCCCACCAACGGGGCCAUCUACGCCCUGCGCUCCUUCAACUACGAGCAGACCAAGGCUUUUGAGUUCAAGGUGCUCGCUAAGGACUCGGGGGCGCCCGCGCACCUGGAGAGCAACGCCACGGUGAGGGUGACGGUGCUGGACGUGAACGACAACGCGCCGGUGAUCGUGCUGCCCACGCUGCAGAACGACACCGCUGAGCUGCAGGUGCCCCGCAACGCGGGCCUGGGCUACCUGGUGAGCACCGUGCGCGCCCUGGACAGCGACUUUGGCGAGAGCGGGCGCCUCACCUACGAGAUCGUAGACGGUAACGACGACCACCUGUUUGAGAUCGACCCGUCCAGCGGCGAGAUCCGCACGCUGCACCCGUUCUGGGAGGACGUGACGCCGGUGGCGGAGCUGGUGGUGAAGGUGACUGACCACGGCAAGCCCACCCUGUCCGCCGUGGCCAAGCUCAUCAUCCGCUCGGUCAGCGGCUCCCUGCCCGAGGGCGUGCCCCGCGUGAACGGGGAGCAGCACCACUGGGACAUGUCGCUGCCGCUCAUCGUGACUCUGAGCACGAUCUCCAUCAUCCUCCUAGCGGCCAUGAUCACCAUCGCCGUCAAGUGCAAGCGCGAGAACAAGGAGAUCCGCACUUACAACUGCCGCAUCGCCGAGUACAGCCACCCGCAGCUGGGCGGGGGCAAGGGCAAGAAGAAGAAGAUCAACAAGAACGAUAUCAUGCUGGUGCAGAGCGAGGUGGAGGAGCGGAACGCCAUGAACGUCAUGAACGUGGUGAGCAGCCCCUCCCUGGCCACCUCCCCCAUGUACUUCGACUACCAGACCCGCCUGCCCCUCAGCUCGCCCCGGUCGGAGGUGAUGUACCUCAAACCGGCCUCCAACAACCUGACUGUGCCCCAGGGGCACGCGGGCUGCCACACCAGCUUCACCGGACAAGGGACUAAUGCGAGCGAGACCCCUGCCACUCGGAUGUCCAUAAUUCAGACAGACAAUUUUCCCGCAGAGCCCAAUUACAUGGGCAGCAGGCAGCAGUUUGUUCAAAGCUCCACGUUUAAGGACCCAGAAAGAGCCAGCCUGAGAGACAGUGGGCACGGGGACAGUGAUCAGGCUGACAGUGACCAAGAUACUAACAAAGGCUCCUGCUGUGACAUGUCUGUUAGGGAGGCACUCAAGAUGAAAACGACGUCAACUAAAAGCCAACCGCUUGAACAAGCAUUCCCGACUUUGCUUUCCUUUGCUAUCCUCACCCUACACACCAUCACAACUAGACUUCAGUCUGUUGAUCUGCUUCCUCCAGAACCAGAAGAGUGCGUUAAUUGCACGGAUGAAUGCCGAGUGCUUGGUCAUUCUGACAGGUGUUGGAUGCCACAGUUCCCUGCAGCCAAUCAGGCUGAAAAUGCAGAUUACCGCACAAAUCUCUUCGUACCCACGGUGGAAACGAAUGUGGAGACUGAGUCGUACGAAACUGUGAAUCCCACUGGGAAAAAGACUUUUUGUACAUUUGGAAAAGACAAGCGAGAGCACACUAUUCUCAUUGCCAAUGUGAAACCUUAUUUAAAAGCCAAACGUGCCCUGAGCCCUCUCCUCCAGGAGGUCCCCUCAGCAUCCAGCAGCCCGACCAAGGCCUGCGUCGAGCCUUGCACCUCAACAAAAGGCACUCUGGAUGGUUGCGAGGCGAAAGCAGGAGCCCUGGCCGAAGCGAGCAGCCAGUACGUGCCCACUGACAGUCAGUACCUGUCGCCCAGUAAGCAGCCCAGAGACCCUCCCUUCCCAGCUUCCGAUCAGAUGGCAAGGGUCUUCGCAGACGUGCAUUCCAGAGCCAGCCGGGAUUCCAGCGAGAUGGGGGCCGCUCUGGAGCAGCUGGACCACCCCAACAGGGAUCUGGGUCGAGAGUCCGUGGAUGCAGACGAGGUCGUGAGAGAAAUCGAUAAGCUUCUGCAGGACUGCCGGGGCAAUGACCCUGUGGCUGUGAGAAAGUGAUGGGGGGGGAGGGAAAAUGAGCAUUGGCAUUUUCUUGUCUCUUCUGUUGAUUUAAAUAUGAUGCCUCCUGGUGACAACCCGGUAGACGGGGAUGAAGAGAGACCAAUGCUACUUUAAGGCUUUUAGUGAACAUCUGAAGUGCCCACAAGUAUGUUCUUUUCACUGCUGUUUCUUUUUCAGAUAACAAUGGUUUUUGUUUUGACCAAACUUCUAUUAGGACAGAAAUAAUGAUGCUCAAAGAGAAAAGAAAAAAAGGGAGAGAUAGAGAGAGAGAGAAGAAAAAGGAGAGAAGAUACAGGAGGCUGAGGAAGCAAGUUACCUUUUGACAAUCUGUUAGGAAGGUAUGCCGUGAGAGCCUUGACCUAUUUCUGACCACUCUGAGACUGUCCUCCGUGAUUUAUGCUGACUUAACUGUUUACCUAUAAACCCCAUACAAAGCAGGGUCAUAAUUUGUGAUCUGUGGUGGAUUUCUAGCAGUCCUCAUAGGCUUCUACUGAAAGUCCCGAGAAGACCUUGCAGUAGUCCAAGCUACACCAAACAUUAACACGUAUUUGUGGUAAACAUUUCUGUACAAAGUUACCUGCCACACAUAUAAAACACAAACAACAUUCCAUAUCAUGAGUCGGAGAAAAAUUUAAAAAGCAAAAAAAAAAAUAAAUAAAUAAACUUGGUCAUUUGUAAGACACCUUAUGUUGUAUAAAAGUUAAGUGUAAAAAGAUAUAGUCCAUUUUGUCCUGCACACACAUAGACUAAUUCACUUCAUUAAAGGAGAAGAAGCUGUAAAGGUUAAAAAUGCCUCUUUAGCAUUUUAGUGUCCACAAACAUCUAAACAAGGGUGGAUAUGUUUUCGAGUUGACCUAGAAAAGUUUUGAAAAAAUUGAGAAUAUUCAGAGAAAAUUUAUGCUGGGACUAUGUGCUACUCAUUUGUGGACACUAAAAUAGCUCAGGAAAGUGAAAAACGUCUUAGACAUACACAGAUCACAUGACCAUUUAAAUGUGCAAAUGUAUGAAGAUUCAAUGUGUUUACAUCAAAUGACAUAUUUUUUAUUGAUUUAUUGCAGAUUCAGUGCAUAUGAGCCAAAUUGUUGAGUGUAUAAGAGCUAUAUUGUGUAUUUUAUUAAAUUAAUAUAUAGUUGUGUUGCAAAAAUAUUUGGGCUUAUAUUGUAAAUGGCAAGUGUCGCCUCGGUAGCUGUCGAACUCUAUGAGUUUUGUUUUUUCCUGCUUCCUUUUCCCCAUGGAGUGUGGGAAGCAGUGCCUGAGAGCAAAGUCUCUUGUUUAAUGUAUAGUCUCCCAAGUACUACAGUACAUAAUCUGUUCAAAAUGUGUUUGAGUGAGCUGAUGGAGCUAUCUGAAAGGUCAAAAAACGACAUCUGUCCGUCAUGAUUAUGUGCAAGUCCUUGUAGAAGCUUUUAUUAAAGUCAUGCUAAAUCAUAAGAAUUACAUUUGUACCAAUAACUGAACCUUCUUCAUGUUUCCUCAAUGACACACAGAUUCGGCCUUUGUAGAUACCAUACUGUUUGUUGAUUAGUUUUUAAAAGUAUGUUGGGUGGUUCAAGAUGUGUGUUUCCCUUUACUUCAAAACCAUGAAAAAUGCUUUGAUGCAUGUGUGAUACCAGCAUUGGUUACUUGCAUUGUGUAGUGUUUUUCAGGAGGUCUGGGUCUUCACGAAACGGUCUUCCUUUUUUUCAGCACCCUUCUGCCUCUUGUUUCUUGGCAUCCUUUGAGAACAAUGCACCUUCUAUUCCUUCAUUGGGUGACAUCUUUUCUUGUGACAUUUAGCAAGUUUCAAACGUACUUCCAGAUGAGGCUAGGACACCUCAAAUUUCAGGAAUUGGGGAAACAUAAAAUUAUCACUUGCAGAAGUUAGUAGCAGCAGAUGGGGAAAUGCCUUGAUUGACAUUAUCCUUCCGUGUUUAAAUUUUUUGGCAUUUUACAGCUUCAUGACAAACAGCUUCCAGCCCAUACCUUAGAAAAUGUGGUGCUGAGUUAAAUAAAGGCUGUUUGUGCACUGGAGCAAACAAACAAAAAAAUGCAUUAUUUGCAAACUGGUGGGGAACUCUGUGCCUUUUUUUCUGGCCACUAAGCCAGUGUAGAAACAGCAUAAAUGUCGUAAAAUUCUUCUAUGAAAAUUAGAAAAACAAGAAUAAAAACAAACAUUGAACUGGAUUCAGUUUUGUAAUUUCAAACUUCAACAAAUUCAACUGAAAAUAUUUCUGUCAGAUGCUGUCAAGACUUUAGACUGUACCUCGUUUGCAAAACUGCUUUGAAAGGAAGAGUGGACAACUCCCAUCAGCCUUAUUCUCGCGAGAACUGAAUUUGGUUCCUAGUAACAGCCUUUCCAAAGUUCUAGUCUUGAUUUUUCUUAUUCGUCAAUGUUUAAAUUAGAAAAGAAAGGAUCUUGUACAUGUGAAACCUAAUUGACUAUAUUUUGGACAAUUUAUGUAUCUGAAAUGUGUUGUCUCUGUUAUAUGAUGUUAUUUUCUGCCAGGAGACUGACUACAGGUUGAUUUAGCUCGAUAGCAGAAAUUUGAUGGGAAACCAAUUUCCAUUUCGUCUUCCCAGUGUUGCCUCUCUCUUACUAGACAGAUAGCCAAUUAGGGAAAUCUAAGGCACUAUGUAAAUGAAACCAACAAAGAGAGUAGGGUUUAUUUUAAAAACAUGCUUAACGUGGAGUAACCGGUUGUUCAAUUUAUUAUAUGUGUCUGAAGACAUUAAAACACUAGAAGAUUUUAAGGAUUGGUUGUGCCCAUGUGUGAGGGAUUUACCUUUAGGCCAUCUGUCACCAGUGAUUUACUAGUGUUAGCUGUUUAACACAUUAUCUGUAUUUAGUAGUGAUUAUUUAUUUACAAGUGGGUGGUAAUUCAGCAGUCAGGACUUGAAGCUUUUAUAGUUGAGUUGAGGGAACCUUGCUUUUAUCCGUUUGGCUGGCAACUGCCUUUAUCACAGACCUCUGGUGCUUGGCUUCCAAGGAAGUCCAUGAGAUGCCAAAAUCACCCCUUUGGGGAGCAGAUUGCUCUAAGGGGUGAUGCAUGAUCAAACAGUGAUAGUACUAGGGGUUUCAGCAUCACUCAGAAUCUGAAAAAAAUUGUCUUGAUUCACAUCCUCCAUUUACUAACCCCUCAAAAAAAAUAUCCCACACGUUUAAAAUGAAUAAUUGGAUAACACUUUGUCUUUUAGCUCCUUAAAUAACUGAAGUCAAGCACAGAAAAAGAAAUUGAUGGGAAUUUUUGUAAGAAAGUCAACGUUUUAGAAAUUUAUUGAUGAACUAAAACAGAUCAGUAACAAAACAAUCUUUUCAUUAAACAUGAAUGAUGAAAGAUCUUUUCAUCAAAGGUAAAAGUAGUGAGAAUCAGUGUUAGUGACACCUAUACCAAAGUAAACAUUAAAGGGACAUAUCAUGCAAUUUCAAAGAAUGCUGUCAUAAUUCUUAACCCGACAUACUUAUUGCAAGCGAUAUACAAAGAUUGGCUCACUACUCCAUAAAUUAAUUGAAUUCCUAUUUGAGAAAUUGACUUGUUCUGUUUUCCUACAUUAACUGAGAUUUUGUAAAACAUGACUUCCCUUUAAAGGACCUGGGCCCUGCUCAAUUUAAAAAAUGACACCAUAAAAAAAAAGUAAAAAAAAAAAGUCAUGUAGUAAUAGAGCAGUAUGCUUUAUUAGAACCAGGUUAAAAGCUGUUUAUUGCCUAAUGGAGAAGUUGCUGAGGUCAACAGGUAGAUUGAAGUCUGGCAUAAUAUAUGCCCAGUCAUUAUUGUCUAAUUACAUUCUUUGGACAACAGAUGGCAUUUAUCAGAGCAUUGAUUCAAAUGAGAACUUUGGCAAUCAAGAUGUGUUGAUUUGAAACGUAAUUGAAUGAGACCUGAUUAAAGUGUGACUUUCCUGGCCCCAGCGUUUGGCAGGUUGGCUAUCCCCAUUUAUCAGCCCCAUCACUCCAUAAGGUUCUCAGCUGCACCAAGUAAUUGGUGAACAAAGACGACAACAAAAGCAGCAUACAUUGUAUGGAUUUAUCUCAAUGCUAUUGUUUAAUGGCUGUGUUUAAUGUGACCUAUUUGGAAAAUGAGGACUCCGAAUAAAAAGCUAUUACUAAUA